AGAAGGACAGACAGAAGUGAAGACGAAUGUCAGAGGUGAGACUUCCUCUUUUAGAGAGAAACGUUUAAAACAGAUCGCAGAGCUGAAGAAGUGUUUUUCUGCUCUUCACACGCGCUGAUAUGCUGGUGAUCAGGUCUGUUGUCGUUCUUCUGUGUGUGUCUCUGGUCUGUUCUGAGAUCAGAAGUUUAAAUGAUCAAUGGAUUACCUGGAAAACACAACACAACAAGACCUACAGAGACACAAGAGAGGAGUUGUACAGGAGAGCGGUGUGGGAGCAGAACUUUAUGUAUGUCCUGAAACAUAACGAGGAAACGGCCAUCGGUCUUCACACAUACACUCUGGGACUUGACCACCUCUGCGACAUGACCACAGAUGAAGUCAAUGCUUUACUGAACGGUUUGAUGGAGGAAGAUUUUCCUGAUGUCAACGUGUCAUUCACCCCACCGACACACCCCCAACUGCCCCUCCCAGCCAGAGUGAACUGGAUUAAGCAGGGCAUGGUCAGCCCCGUCCAGAACCAGGGCCGGUGUGGCUCCUGCUGGGCGUUCAGUGCUGUUGGCGCUCUUGAGGGUCAGAUGAAGAGGAAAACCGGCAUUCUGGUUCCGUUAAGUUCUCAGAAUCUGAUGGACUGCAGUGUGAGUUUGGGGAACCACGGUUGUAAGGGGGGAUAUCUGAGCCGUGCGUUUCUAUAUGUCAUCCAGAACAAAGGCAUCGACUCCAACAGCUACUACCCGUAUGAACACAAGCAGGGCGAAUGUCGAUACUCUGUCACUGGAAGAGCGGGAUACUGCUCAGGAUUCAAGAUCGUUCAGCAUCACAAUGAGGCGGCACUGCAGCAAGCUGUUGCUAACAUUGGACCUGUGUCAGUCGGUAUAAACGCAAAACUCGCCUCCUUCCAGAGAUACAGAAGUGGUAUUUAUAAUGACCCGAAGUGCAGUUCUAAGCUGGUCAAUCAUGCAGUGUUAGUGGUCGGUUACGGUUCAGAAAAUGGACAAGAUUACUGGCUGGUGAAAAACAGCUGGGGAACAGCUUGGGGUGAAAAGGGCUUCAUCCGCAUGGCACGAAAUAAAAAUCAGUGUGGAAUAUCCCGCUUUGCCAUUUACCCCACAAUCUAAUCUGAUCUGAUCUGAUGUUUGGUCUGGGGUCAGAAUAGUAUCCUAAUAUAUCACUCUUCAUGUUUAAUCACAUUUCAUGUCAAAAUGUCUUAACAUUUGGCAGUCCAAUUAAGUAAUCAAU